UAACAAAUCAUAAAUUGAAUGCUCCAAAUUUCCCAUUAUUAUAACAGUUGAUGAACAUGCUUACAAGAAUUUUAUGUCCCAUUGGAUUACAGCUACUAUAAAAUAUUGCCUUUUCCACAAACCCCAUAGCCCUCCCCUGCCACAUACAACAAGGAGUCCCCCCCCACCCUACAGCCCCCUCCCUCAACAAUGGCAGAUUAUGAAACCCACCACCAGAGCAACCACCACCAACAAAUCCCAAAAGAAACAGCUUUCCAAGCUAUAAACACCAUAAUCCAGCUCCACUUUGAGAAGACCCUUGAAAAGAAAAGAGCCAUAGACCUCCAAAAGAAAGAACUCCACAAGCUUUUCCUCCUCUUCUUCAUCUUCCUUUCUCUCAUUUUCAUGGCUGAAGCACAGCCCAAUCGCCUUCAAUGCCGCCAUUGUUGGGCACCCAUUAUCCUCCUCUCUUUAUCACACCUCAUCUUCUAUGUCUCCGUGGCUCAGACCCUUAGGUGCAUCAAUGGUUUCAAGUACCAAAGAAGGUGUCACAAGCUCACUCUUGGCUUGGCUACUGAGAAGUUAAGGGAGUUGAAGAUGAGAACAGCUAGUGGUAGCAACGAGUAUGGUCACGAUCACGUUGUUGUUAGUGAUGAGGGUGAGCUUGAGAUUCAUUAUCAAGAACCGCCUGAGAGCUACUUCGGUAAGUUCAAGAGGAACUGGGCUUUGCAUUUUGGGUUCUUGAUCUUCAUCUAUGCCUUCAUGGUAUCUACUUCAGUUGUGCUUCUUUGCUUUUAGUACCUUGCCUGUUGGUCAAAUUCAUGUUGUCUUUUAGAAGUGUAAGCUUAGUGUUAGAAGGUUGAGCAAGAAAAUAGCUUCAAAUCUCUGUAAUUUGAUGUGAGAAAGAAUUUGUUUUCGUUUUUGAGAAUUAAAUUCUUGAUUUCAAUUACAAUUUGGAAAUUGGAAUCUCAUUUUUAUGUUUUCCUUGAUUGGUUUUAAUGCUAAGCUAUUGUUUCCCCUUUUUUUU